AUGAAAAUUUUCGAUUUUCUCUCUAUUCUCUUGGUUUUCGUCAGCGUUGGAGUGGCAGUGGUUUCAGCUGAGCCAGACUGCUCUUCCAUCGACUGCUCGGCGCCAAACAUGGACUGCCCAGAAUCCGUUAGAGAUCAAAAGUGUGGUGGAAGCGACAUUGUCGAGAAAAGUACCACUCGUGGACACCGAAACUAUCGAAGAAUUUAUUGA